GCACAUUUUGGUAGCGAAAUUGCGGCCCCAUGGUCACUGUCAAGAAGGUCAAGGGCAAAGUGGCGAAGAAGAAGAAGAAGGGCGAAAGCGUCCAAGCUAACGGCCAGGGCGGCCAAACACCUUCCGGAUCUUCCGGCGCUACUGAGAAGACCCAAACCAGGAACAGUGAGACCAGUCCUAAAAAGGCCAUGAAAAAGUUGAUGAAAAAGGCCACCGGAAAAGCUGCCAAAGUGAGAACAAAGGUGGCAACAGAGAACACGAAGAAAGACGACGGAUGUGAUCUUUGUGAGGGGUUGAUCCCAUUGGAGGGCGUGCUGCGUUGCCGAUCAUGCGGACGAACCAUGGCCGCAACAGCUUAAAAAA